CACGACUUCACCCUGGAAAUGACAGCCUCCUGUGGAGCCCUGACACCAAUGUAACCCAGCGGACUGCCCUGCACUGGGAUCGGGGUCAGGUGAUGGGAUACUGGGAUAGGGCUGAGGCUGCAGCGGUGCUUCAGUGGGCUUGACUCUGUUCUGGCAGCCUGGAGGUUCUCACGACCCAGCUCCUAUUCCAGGGCUUGUCCAGCUAUUUAAAGCACACCAAGAGGGGAAAAGUGCUCCGAAAAUGCAGUUUCUGUGCACUAGACGCUGUGCCAAAUAUUCAGUCUCUUUCAUAGGCGAGGGAUCCCAUGGCUUGUCGUGUUGUUUUUUGCUUUUUUGUUUGUUUUUUUUUUUGCCCACUUUCAGCAAUACAUGCUUGAAAGCUACAAGGCCCUAUUAGGGAUUCAAAAAGUCAUCUAGCGGGUGAGUAUACCAAAAAAAAAGCAGGAUUCAGGCUGCUUUCUCAUCCAGAAAAAGUGCCGGCCAAAAUAAAGAAAGCACUUCUGCAGUGAAAUGCCUGAAAUGGGAAGCAGCAGCCUGGGGAGAAGGGAAGAAACAGAGGCAAACAUCCCGCCUGUGACCAACACGCAACCACGCUACAGGAAGCAGUAGCCUCCGGUGAUAAAUAGGAGCCCCGGCAGCACAGGAUGCGCGUGGGGUGAGCUCGGCAGGCCGAGGGGAUGUGAGGCAGUGUCCGUCCAUCUGUCCAGCCGACGGGAUGGCUGCGGCCCUGCUGCUGCUGCAGCUGCUGCUGGUGGUGACGGCAGUGGCAGCGGGUGAGGACGCCGAGGUGCUCUGCGCCGACACCGCUUGCUACACACUGCACCGGGCCGAGCUGGGCUGGAGCGCUGCCCAAGAGCGCUGCCAGCAUGACGGUGGCAAUCUGGCUCCAGCAGGCAGCAGGGCUGAGGCCGAGCGACUGGAGAAGCUGCUGGCAGCCAGCACGGCCACCUCGGCCUGGAUCGGGCUGCGGCUGGAGCGUGGCCACUGCGUGCAGUCCCAGGAGCCGCUGCGGGGCUUCACCUGGGCGGCCAGCGGAGAGCCCGGCAACUACUCAGCAUGGCUGGCCGAGCCCCACAUCACCUGCCUCAGCACCCGCUGCGUCGCACUGCGGCCUGCCAGCUCCCACGGGCCUCCGGGAUGGGUUGACCGGCCGUGUCGGGCCACGCUGCCCGCCUUCCUCUGCAAGUUCAGCUUCCGGGGGAUGUGUGGGCCCCUGCGGCUUGGGGGGCCCGGCUGGGUCAGCUAUGAGACACCCUUCAGGGUGAGCAGCCCUGCAUUGGCAGCUGCCCCCUUUGGCACGCUGGCGGAGGUGGGCUGCGAGGGGGCUGCGAGCCCAGCCUUCUCCGUCUGCAAGGGACAGCUGGAUGGGGAUGGCUUCUCCUGGCAUCCUCCUGGGCCCUUCUGCCCCAACACCUGCACCCACAACAACGGAGGCUGCCAGCAUCUGUGCGUGGAGGCACCUGGGCAGCCAUCACACUGCACCUGCCAUCCUGGCUACGUGCUGGGCCCUGACAUGGCCUCCUGCCUGCCUGAGGAUGCCUGCCACAACAACCCCUGCCAGGGGGCCUGCCGGCCCCGGCCCGGAGGCUACGAGUGCAUCUGCGAGGCUGGCUACGCUCUGGCACCUGAUGGCCAGCACUGUGUGGAUGUGGAUGAAUGCCUGGAGGGGCCCUGCAAGCAUGGGUGCCACAACACAGCAGGCAGCUUCUUUUGCUCCUGCCAGCCUGGUUACCAGCCAGCAGGGCCUGGUGGCCGCGACUGCCGUGAUGAGGAUGAGUGCGCCCAGCCUGAAGCCUGCCCCCAGCUCUGCCUCAACAUCCCCGGCUCCUUCCGCUGCACCUGCAGGACCGGCUACCAGCAGCAGCCUGGCAGUGAUGCCUGCCUGGAUGUGGACGAGUGCCUGCGGGACCCCUGCCCUGGGACCUGCCGCAACCUCCCAGGCAACUUUGAAUGCAUCUGCCCACCUGGCUUCCUCCCACAGGACGAUGGACAUGGCUGCCUUGCCGCGCCCACCACCGGAGAGCAGCUAGCAGGCACCAUGGGGACCACCACCAUCCUCCAGAACGCCAGCACCAUGUGGACCAUGGGCACCCGCAGCCCUGCAGCCGUUCCUGGUGGGCUGACACCACCAGCCCCCACGGUGGCAGGGUCAGAGCACAGCCCUGAGCAUGGCGCUGAUGGCCCCCGUCUGCUCCUCUACUACAUCCUGGGCAGCCUGGUGGCCAUCCUGCUGCUGCUGGCCUUCGCCCUGGCCCUGCUGGCCUGCAGGAAGAGGGCAGCAAGGAAGGAGAAACCAAAAGCCAAAAGCGCAGCGGACAACUACUGCUGGGUGCCCGAGCAGCCUGAGAGCCGCAGCAGGGCAGGCAGUGAGCGCAGGUAACGGUGCCAGCACUGCGGGGCUGCAAGCAGAGGAAAACCAAAGGGAAGUGGGGUGGGUGAUAUUCUUUCCGAGAUGAUUUUGCAUGCCUUCAUGUCUGAGAGCCUGUUUUGGGGCGUUGGGCAAAGCAGGAUCCAAUCCCAACCCCAAGGCAGGUGCAAGUGUUGGUUGCGCAGAUAUAAAGGCAGCCCAAAUCAUGCUGGGAGUGUUAGCUGAAAUGUAUAAACCUCUGCUUCCCGAACUGAAGGGUUAAUGGGGAAGGAGCAGAGAGGCCGAGAAGGAAUGUAGUGUAAUACUGUAGGGGUUCCUUGCCCACAUUGCUCCUCAGCUCUGCAAAACCUCACCAGACUUGGAAAUUGCAGCAAAGGAGAAUAUUGAUUUGGCUUCCUAUGAGAAAACGAUUAAUCUCAUCUGUCAUUCGGUCUCUCCUUCUCAGAUUUAAAUUGUGGAGCUCCCAGAGUGAUAAUUUCCCUGCUCCCUCACCACCAAUCCCUUGUCAUUCAAAUAUAUAUAUAUAUACAUAUGACUGUGCCUCACCUACACUGUGUUCUGCGGUCUGCUGUUCAACCCUGAUGUUCCCCUUGUUCUCAGUGAAACAGGGUUCACAUUUUGAAGUGUUUCACUGUGGUAAGAGCCAUUAGCUGCAGCCACAAGCAGCUGGUUCUCAUUGUUGAUAUUUGUGUUGUUGUUGCUUUUAGAAGAUAUUAUUACAGAAGCCAUAGAAUAAGCAUUAGCAGCAGAAAACUCCUCCAGCGAAGCAGGAGCUGCAGGGGUGGUGGGGCUUCAGGACUGCUUGCGUUAAGCUCGUGUGGGGUCUGAGCUGAAUGUUUUCUCCAUCCAUCCCUGUAAACAAUGCACUGGAUGUUGUGUGUUCGCUAACUACUGCAUAAAACCUCCAAACACCCUUCAAAGCAAAUGCUCUCUCAGGGCAAAGUUUCGCCCCCAUCUCGGGCUCAGUCCUGCAAAGAAGAGGGAAGACACAUCUCCCUCUGGGAAGCAGCAAGGAGAUGGAGCUGCUGGCUUGCAGAGGAAUGGGAGCACCCCCAGCAGUGCUGCAUCCUGAUUAUCCCUAUGCAAGCAAGCACCUUUUGCCCGAGCAGCAAAGAGGCAGCUCGUGGCCUGCUUUCAUUUGAAGGGUACAUUGGUUUCCUGAAGAUUCUGCUGUUUUUAUUGUAUACUUGAGGCUUAAUUGCAACCAAAAUGGGAACUUGAACACAAAGGAUUUUGCUGCGGGCAGUGACCUGCAUCCUGUUCUUCCGCAUGUGGAAGAAACCGCUUUCCUGCUGUUCUUUCUUCUUCAUUCCUCCAUUGUAAAACAAAACAAAACAGGAAAGUGUAGCUCCUAGCUGAUAGAAAUGUUUUUUUAAUGUUCUGCUCAUGCUUCCUUUUCUCCAAGCAGCGGUUUGGAGCAGCAGCAAAUACAGCAGUGGCGUUCUUGGAAGUCCUGCAGAAAAUUCAUAGCGUGUCUUUGUUAUGACAACAAGCCAGCAGAGCUUUCUGAAUACAUGAAUAAAUUAAGCAGAUGAAUAAUCCCACCCAAAUCAGUGGGAUAACCUACAUACAUAGCAAGAAGCCUGCACAGUCAGUCUGCACUAACUGGAUGGGGAAGGAACAGUCACAGUGAUGUGCCCCCAGUUCAGGGUUGCUUGGUUUGCUGGAUCAAAAGCUGAGGUGUUUUCAAAACAGUGAUAGUCUCAAGAGCUUUUCUGCCAUGAUUUUCCUAUUAUGGUAUCAUUUAAUUGUUCUACACAGAGCACUGAUUCCACUCUGAAUAAGGGAAAAAGAAGCAUAAGCGCAGACUCAGAGCAGGCAAAAACCUGGGAGUUGUUCAUUCUGUAAAACCCCUCUGUAAAACCUGUAAGCUUGAUUUCUGUUGCCCACUUGGUGUGUUCUGGUGCACAUACUGCAUCACCAGUGUAGCAGAUCCUAUGGCAGGAAGGCAUUCAUACAUCCCUAGGUUCAGUGUGGCUCUUCCAAGCAGAGUAUUUCCUGAUGUUGCUUCCUCCAGCCUGGUGCUGUUCCACUUGGACAGUCUCAUCUCCCUUUCUUACUGCCAUGAAAGCAGCAGGAACAUUUCAGUCUGUGUCCUCAUCAAGUUAUCCAGGGCCCAGGGUGAAAACCUUGGGCUAAAUCAGAUGGAACAGGAUCAGACAGGUCGGUACCCCCGGCUUACAGUCAGGAGAGAGGGAAUGCUCACCAUCACUCCAUCUGCACACAUUGAGCAGGUCCUAUAACCUGUCAGGAUGGCAGGACUGGCCAACCAACACAUCCCAAAUGUUUCAAAGUGUUUUUGUGUAACUGUUUAUUGUUCAGUUUUUAUAGUCCAAGAAUCCAGACAUACCUCACCCUGUGUGAAAACUGCACGUCAGUACUGAGUUGUGCUUUGUGAUCCCCGGAGCAGUGGAACAGCACUGCAGCUAUUGGCUGCCUUCAACUGAAAGAAGAAAGUUCUCACAUGCUAAACAGCGCUGUAUGUUGCUUUCCUGAUCAAACACCAAUAAAGUCUUAAUGGAAUAA